ACGCGGGGCGGAGCCCGAGUUUAGGAAGAGGAGGGGAUGGCUGUCAUCAAUGAAGUCAUAUUCAUAAUCUAGUCCUCUCUCUCUCUGUUUCUGUACUCUGGGUGACUCAGAGAGGGAAGAGAUUCAGCCAGCACACUCCUCGCGAGCAAGUAUCCCUCUACUGACUGGCAGAGACAGGAGAGGUCGAUGUCCACGCCCACAGACCCUGGCGCGAUGCCCCACCCAGGGCCUUCGCCGGGGCCGGGACCCUCGCCUGGACCCAUUCUUGGACCUAGUCCAGGACCCGGACCAUCCCCGGGUUCUGUGCACAGUAUGAUGGGACCGAGCCCUGGACCGCCCAGCGUCUCACACCCUAUGCCGACAAUGGGGUCUGCCGACUUCCCACAGGAAAGCACGCACCAAAUGCAUAAGCCCAUCGAUGGUCUGCAUGACAAGGGGGUUGUGGAAGACAUGCACUGUGGAUCCAUGAAGGGCUCCGGCAUGCGGCCCCCUCACCCGGGGAUGGGUCCUCCCCAGAGUCCGAUGGAUCAACACAGCCAAGGUUACAUGUCGCCACACCCGUCUCCGUUGGGAGCCCCAGAACACGUCUCCAGCCCGAUGUCGGGAGGCGGCCCGACCCCACCCCAGAUGCCACCGAGCCAGCCGGGGCCCCUCAUCUCGGGCGAUCCGCAGGCGAUGAGCCAGCCCAACAGAGGUCCCUCGCCUUUCAGCCCUGUCCAGCUGCAUCAGCUGCGAGCGCAGAUUUUAGCUUACAAAAUGCUGGCCCGGGGCCAGCCCCUCCCCGAAACGCUGCAGCUUGCAGUCCAGGGGAAAAGGACGUUGCCCGGCAUGCAGCAGCCCCAGCACCAGCCCCCGCAGCCCCAGCCCCAGGCGCAGCAGCCGCAGCAGCAGGCCCUAGUUAACUACAACCGACCAUCUGGUAGGUUCCUGUGUAACCCGGUGAAUAAUGCGAUGGUCCAACUCGGCCCAUUGCCCUAUGGGGAGAGAUGCCUGGUUCUUCUUACUAACUUUUUCCUCCUUUCCCCUCCCUGCCCUCCCGCCUUCCUCAUCUCCUUUCCUCCCCUCCUCCUCCCUUGUCUGGAGAUGUUCCGUGGUCCCCGUGGCAGGGGCAGCGGGCAGGCUGGGGGGUGGCUGCAGGGCGCCGGCCCGCCCGAGCUGNCCGCGCAGCCGCCCGCGGCCGCCGUGCCCGGGCCCUCCGUGCCGCAGCCGGCCCCGGGGCAGCCCUCGCCCAUCCUGCAGCUCCAGCAGAAGCAGAGCCGCAUCAGCCCCAUCCAGAAACCGCAAGGCCUGGACCCGGUGGAGAUCCUGCAGGAGCGCGAGUACAGGCUCCAGGCUCGCAUAGCUCAUAGGAUACAAGAACUGGAAAAUCUGCCUGGCUCUUUGCCACCAGAUUUACGAACCAAAGCGACCGUGGAACUGAAAGCGCUUCGGUUACUCAAUUUCCAGCGUCAGCUGAGACAGGAGGUGGUGGCCUGCAUGCGACGGGACACGACCCUGGAGACAGCCCUCAACUCCAAAGCCUACAAACGGAGCAAGCGGCAGACCCUGCGGGAGGCCCGCAUGACGGAGAAACUGGAAAAGCAGCAGAAGAUCGAGCAGGAGAGGAAGCGCCGGCAGAAGCACCAGGAAUACCUGAACAGCAUUUUGCAGCAUGCUAAAGAUUUUAAGGAAUACCAUCGGUCUGUGGCCGGCAAGAUCCAGAAGUUGUCCAAAGCAGUGGCAACUUGGCACGCCAACACUGAAAGAGAGCAGAAGAAAGAGACGGAGCGGAUCGAAAAGGAGAGAAUGCGGAGACUGAUGGCUGAAGAUGAAGAGGGCUAUAGAAAACUGAUCGAUCAAAAGAAAGACAGGCGUUUAGCUUACCUCCUGCAGCAGACCGAUGAGUAUGUGGCCAACCUGACCAACCUGGUGUGGGAGCACAAGCAAGCCCAAGCCGCCAAAGAGAAGAAGAGGAGGAGGAGGAGGAAGAAGAAGGCUGAAGAGAUGGCCGAGGGAGGAGAGUCUGCCCUGGGACCAGACGGAGAGCCCAUCGAUGAAAGCAGUCAGAUGAGUGACCUGCCCGUCAAAGUGACUCACACAGAAACUGGCAAGGUCCUCUUUGGACCAGAAGCACCCAAAGCAAGUCAGCUGGACGCCUGGUUGGAAAUGAAUCCUGGUUACGAAGUUGCCCCCCGAUCCGACAGUGAAGAGAGCGAUUCUGAUUAUGAGGAGGAGGAUGAGGAAGAAGAAUCCAGUCGGCAGGACACGGAAGAGAAAAUACUUCUGGAUCCAAACAGCGAAGAGGUUUCCGAGAAGGACGCCAAGCAGAUUAUUGAGACGGCCAAGCAGGACGUAGACGAUGAGUACAGCAUGCAGUACAGUGCCAGGGGCUCGCAGUCCUACUACACGGUGGCCCAUGCCAUCUCCGAGCGGGUGGAGAAGCAGUCUGCCCUCCUCAUUAACGGGACCCUGAAGCAUUAUCAGCUCCAGGGCCUGGAAUGGAUGGUUUCCCUGUACAAUAACAAUUUGAACGGGAUCUUAGCUGAUGAAAUGGGGCUAGGGAAGACCAUACAAACCAUUGCACUCAUCACUUAUCUGAUGGAGCACAAAAGACUCAAUGGCCCCUAUCUCAUCAUUGUUCCCCUUUCGACUCUGUCUAACUGGACAUAUGAAUUUGACAAAUGGGCUCCUUCUGUGGUGAAAAUUUCUUACAAGGGCACCCCUGCCAUGCGACGCUCCCUUGUCCCCCAGCUGCGGAGUGGCAAAUUCAACGUCCUCCUGACUACUUACGAGUACAUUAUCAAAGACAAGCACAUUCUUGCAAAGAUUCGGUGGAAAUACAUGAUUGUGGAUGAAGGCCACCGAAUGAAGAAUCACCACUGCAAGCUGACUCAGGUCUUGAACACUCACUAUGUGGCCCCCAGAAGGAUCCUCUUGACUGGGACCCCGCUGCAGAAUAAGCUCCCGGAACUCUGGGCCCUCCUUAACUUCCUCCUUCCCACCAUUUUUAAGAGCUGCAGCACAUUUGAACAGUGGUUUAAUGCUCCAUUUGCCAUGACUGGAGAAAGGGUGGACUUAAAUGAAGAGGAAACUAUAUUGAUCAUCAGGCGUCUACAUAAGGUGUUGAGACCAUUUUUACUGAGGAGGCUGAAGAAGGAAGUCGAGUCCCAGCUGCCAGAAAAGGUUGAAUAUGUGAUCAAGUGUGACAUGUCCGCGCUGCAGAAAAUUCUCUACCGCCACAUGCAAGCCAAAGGGAUCCUCCUCACGGACGGCUCAGAGAAAGAUAAGAAGGGGAAGGGAGGCGCCAAGACUCUCAUGAACACCAUCAUGCAGUUGAGAAAAAUCUGCAAUCACCCCUAUAUGUUUCAGCACAUCGAGGAAUCCUUUGCCGAACACCUGGGCUAUUCAAAUGGCGUCAUCAAUGGGGCUGAGCUGUAUCGGGCCUCAGGAAAGUUUGAGCUGCUUGAUCGUAUUCUGCCAAAGCUGAGAGCGACUAAUCACCGCGUGCUGCUUUUCUGCCAGAUGACGUCCCUCAUGACCAUCAUGGAAGAUUACUUUGCUUUUCGGAACUUCCUGUACCUUCGCCUUGAUGGCACCACCAAGUCUGAGGACCGCGCUGCUCUGCUGAAGAAAUUCAACGAGCCCGGGUCCCAGUACUUCAUCUUCCUGCUGAGCACGAGAGCUGGCGGCCUGGGCUUGAACCUUCAGGCAGCUGAUACCGUGGUCAUCUUUGACAGCGACUGGAAUCCUCACCAGGAUCUGCAAGCACAGGACCGAGCUCACCGCAUCGGCCAGCAGAACGAGGUCCGGGUGCUGAGGCUGUGCACGGUGAACAGCGUGGAGGAAAAGAUUCUCGCCGCGGCAAAGUACAAGCUGAACGUGGAUCAGAAAGUGAUCCAGGCCGGCAUGUUUGAUCAGAAGUCUUCAAGCCACGAGCGGAGGGCGUUCCUGCAGGCCAUCCUGGAGCACGAAGAAGAAAAUGAGGAAGAAGAUGAGGUGCCCGACGACGAGACUCUGAACCAAAUGAUUGCUCGACGAGAAGAGGAAUUUGAUCUCUUCAUGCGUAUGGACAUGGACCGGCGGAGGGAGGAUGCCCGGAACCCGAAGCGUAAGCCCCGCUUAAUGGAGGAAGACGAGCUGCCCUCCUGGAUUAUUAAGGAUGACGCCGAAGUAGAACGGCUCACGUGUGAAGAGGAGGAGGAGAAAAUAUUUGGCAGGGGGUCUCGCCAGCGCCGGGACGUGGACUACAGCGACGCCCUCACGGAGAAGCAGUGGCUGAGGGCCAUUGAAGACGGCAAUUUGGAAGAAAUGGAAGAGGAAGUACGGCUCAAGAAGCGAAAAAGACGAAGAAAUGUGGAUAAAGAUCCUGCAAAAGAAGACGUGGAGAAGGCCAAGAAGAGAAGAGGCCGCCCUCCGGCUGAGAAACUCUCCCCAAAUCCUCCCAAACUGACGAAGCAGAUGAACGCCAUCAUCGAUACUGUGAUAAACUACAAAGACAGGUGUAACGUGGAGAAGGUGCCCGGUAAUUCUCAGUUGGAAAUAGAAGGAAACAGUUCAGGGCGGCAGCUCAGUGAAGUCUUCAUUCAGUUACCUUCAAGAAAAGAAUUGCCAGAAUAUUAUGAAUUAAUUAGGAAGCCGGUGGAUUUCAAAAAAAUAAAGGAAAGGAUUCGUAAUCACAAGUACCGGAGCCUGGGUGACCUGGAGAAAGAUGUCAUGCUUCUCUGUCACAAUGCUCAGACGUUCAACUUGGAGGGAUCCCAGAUCUACGAAGACUCGAUCGUCUUGCAGUCCGUGUUUAAGAGUGCCCGGCAGAAAAUCGCCAAAGAGGAAGAGAGUGAGGACGACAGUAAUGAAGAGGAGGAGGAGGAGGAGGAGGAGGAGUCCGAGUCGGAGGCAAAAUCUGUUAAGGUGAAAAUCAAGCUCAAUAAAAAAGACGAGAAGGGCCGGGACAAAGGCAAAGGCAAGAAAAGGCCGAAUCGGGGAAAAGCCAAGCCUGUAGUGAGUGAUUUCGACAGUGAUGAGGAACAGGAUGAAAAUGAACAGUCAGAAGCAAGUGGGACUGACGAUGAGUGAUCAGUAUGGACCUUUUUCCCCCUCCGUAGAACUGAACUCCUUCCUCCCCUCUCUCCUUUCUGCCCAGGGAGUUCAUUUGUCCUACGGGCCCUGGGUGGUUUCUGUAUCAUCGUCAUCUAUAAACUAGCUUUAGGAUAGUGCCAGACAAACAUAUGAUAUCAUGGUGUAAAAACACACGACACACAGACACGCACAUACACAAAUACCUGUAACAUAUUGUGACCAAAUGGGCCUCAAAGAUUCAAAGAUUAAAACAGACAAAGCUUUUGAUGGAAAAUAUGUGGGUGGAUAGUAUAUUUCUAUGGGUGGGUCUAAUUUGGUAACGGUUUGAUUGUGCCUGGUUUUACCACCUGUUCAGAUGAGAAGAUUUUUUUGUCUUUUUGUAGCACUGAUAACCAGGAGAAGCCAUUAAAAGCCACUGGUUAUUUUAUUUUUCAUCAGGCAAUUUUCAAGGUUUUAAUUUGUUCGGUUUUUUUUUUUUUUUACACUGUGGUACAUAUAAGCAACUUUAAUAGGUGAUAAAUGUACAGUAGUUAGACUUCACCUGCAUAGACAUUUUUCCAUUUUAUGCUCUAUGAUCUGAAAAAAAAUGCUUUUUGAACUGUAUAAGAUUUAUGUCUACUGUAAACAUUGCUUAAUUUUUUUUUUUUGCUCUUGAGUUAAAAGUUUUGUUGAAAACGCUAUUGAAUAUUGCAAUCUAUAUAGUGUAUUGGAUGGCUUCUUUUAUCCACCUGAUCUCCUAUGUUACCGAUGUGUAUCGUCUCCUUCUCCCUAAAGUGUACUUAAUCUUUGCUUUCUUUGCACAAUGUCUUUGGUUGCAAGUCAUAAGCCUGAGGCAAAUAAAAUUCCAGUAAUUUCCAAGAAUGUGGUGUUGGUGCUUUCCUAAUAAAGAGAUAAUUUAGCUCAACAAA